AUGACAUCUCAAAUGGAACACACCAUGGAAACCAUGAUGUUCGUGUUUCACAAGUUUGCUAGGGAUAAAGGCUAUUUAACAAAGGAGGACCUGAGAGUACUCAUGGAAAAGAAGUUUCCUAAACUUUUGGAAAAUCAAAAAGACCCUUUCACAGUGGAAAAAAUAAUGAAGGACCUAGAUCAGUGCCAAGACAGCAGAGUGGGCUUCCAGAGCAUCUUUUUGCUAAUUGUUGGGCUCACCAUCACAUGCAAUGCCUAUUUUGUAGUACACAUGGAGCAGAAGGGAAAGAAGCAGGCAGCACCGAGCUGUUACUCCUGCCCUGAUAAGAAUUCUCUCAAAGGGUGUUUAAGGAAUCUCUGCCCCACAGCUUGUCACCUGUGUAAAAACUUCAUGAGCAGACUGGGACCCUUAGAAAAUGUACAGAAUCACACUCCCAUUUGA